UCUUGAAUCGCGGGCCCUGAAGCCAUGAAGCGGGCGACCGAGCGGGAUUCCAGCCCGGGCGGGUCCGGGGGCACACGUGGCGCCUCCUCCACGAAAAGGCCUCGAGAGCGCGAGAGCAGCGCCAGCGGUGUCGGCAGUGGCGGCGGCAGCAGCAGCCGGCGGGGCCCACACCGGAGUUCGGGCGCCUCCUCCUCGUCAUCCGCUUCCACCUCCGCCUCGUCGCGCAGCAGUCGGGACAAGCCUGCCGCUGGCGGUUCCAGCUCGCGGAGCCAUCGCGGGGAGGAGCGGCCGGGAGGCGGAGGCGAUUCGAACCACCGCGCAGCCUCCUCUAGCGCCAGGACCAGCAGCAGCCAAACCGCCGCCGCCGCCGCCGCGGCCCCUGCCGUCCCGCCUACCCCAUCCUCGUCUUCUCGGGCGCUGGGGCUCGCCAAGAGCAAAGUGACCGCUGCGGCGGUGGUCGCCCCUUCCUUGCUUCUGGGUGGGCCUCCACCCGUGGCAGCCCCGUCGCUCCUUUUGGCCCCUGGCCUUGGCUUGCCGGCAGGGGUGACUCUGGCAGGUGAGCCUCCUGGCUCCAGCGACUACAAGACUCUGCUAGUGAGUGGCCUGGGCCCAGCCUUACCUGACCAGCUGCUGGAGGAUGGCCUCUUUCGCCAGUUCCAGAGAUUCGCUAGCGGCGGUGCCAGUGACAUUAGCGUCAAGCUGUCCCACACACCUGAACUUGGCCGUGUUGCUUACGUUAACUUCAGGCACCCGGCAGAUGCCCGUGAUGCUCGACGGCACGCUAGAGCCCGGCAGCUUCUCCUUUAUGAUCGGCCUCUGAAGGUGGAGCCUGUGUACCUGCGAGGGGGCCGCCGGAGCCGUACUCCUCCACCUACCCCCUCUCCUGAACCCUUGGCAUUUCUCCCUCCUAUCCAUGGUGUUUAUCCAUAUAAACAGAGAUCGCUGUCUCCUGUUGCCAGCCCUUUGCUGAGAGAGCCUAGACCUCGACACGCUCAAGCUGCAGCAGCAGCAUUUGCCUUGGAAGCUGUUGCCUUGGGACUUUCUCGAGAAAGGGAAAGGGUGCUGGAUUACUAUGGGUUAUAUGAUGAACGGGGCCGUCCUUACAGCUAUCCCUUGGUGGCUGAGGAGGAUUUAAUGCCAGAAGAUGACCAGAGAGCUACCCGGAAUCUCUUCAUUGGCAAUCUUGAUCACAAUGUCUCUGAGGUGGAACUCAGGCGUGCCUUUGAAAAAUACGGUAUCAUUGAGGAAGUGGUGAUCAAGAGGCCUGCACGGGGUCAAGGUGGAGCCUAUGCCUUUCUUAAGUUCCAAAACCUGGACAUGGCACAUCGGGCCAAGGUUGCCAUGUCUGGGCGGGUUGUUGGCAGAAACCCUAUCAAAAUUGGCUAUGGGAAAGCCAACCCGACUACCCGACUUUGGGUUGGUGGCCUUGGUCCAAGUACUUCCCUAGCUGCUCUUGCUAGGGAGUUUGAUCGCUUUGGUAGCAUUAGGACUAUUGACUAUGUAAAGGGGGACAGCUUUGCUUAUAUUCAGUACGAGAGUUUGGAUGCUGCUCAAGCUGCCUGUGCACAAAUGAGAGGCUUUCCUUUGGGCGGUCCAGACAGGAGACUUAGAGUGGAUUUUGCUAAAGCUGAGGAAGCCCGCUAUCCUCAGCAGUAUCAACCUGCACCACUUCCUGUACACUAUGAAUUACUCCCCGAAAGCUAUAGCAGACACAGGAGUCUGGAGCAAGACUUAAGGGUGAGGGAUAGGACUCCUCCUCAUCUCCUUUACUCAGACAGGGAAAGGAGCUUUCUAGAGGCCGAUUGGGCCAGCUCUCUCAAAAAUGCAGAGCGCAGAAAUAAUUUGGAGGCAUACAGUCGUUCAGCACGCAGCCGGAGUGGAGAACGUUGGGGCAGCGAUAGUGAUCGCAGUGUUCUCAAGCCCUGGGAGGAAAGGCGUAAACGUCGUAGCCUUUCCAAUGACCGUGGGAGGACUACUCAUUCGCCAUAUGAGGAGAGAGCCAGGACAAAGGCUGGUGGGCCAGGAGCAGAUCGCAGCCCAGAUCGGGUUCGGAAGGAGAAUCACACUACAGAAUCUACCACAGAGAAAGAACAAAAUAAUUCGCUGCAGAAUAAUCGACAUGCAUUAGAGGAGAAACCUCACCGUGAAACCUCUGAUCCUCCUCAGCCUAAAAAAAGAGACAGUGAACGCAAUCACCGAACUGGUGAGUCUGAAUCAAAGGCUCAUGAAGAGCCCAAAUCUGAAACAAAGAAGUUAAAAACGUUAUCCGAUUAUGCCCAUACCCUGCAGCUUGCUUGGAAUGGGCUACUUGUCCUUAAAAACAGCUGCUUCCCUACAUCUAUGCACAUUCUUGAAGGAGACUUGGGAGUCAUCAACGGGCUUCUGAAAGACCAUUUGUCUGGUGGAAAGUUAACACAGCUUAAGAUUGCUCAAAGACUUCGGUUGGAUCAACCCAAACUGGAUGAAGUAACUCGACGCAUCAAGCAAGGGAGCCCUAAUGGCUAUGCUGUGUUACUAGCUACCCAGGCUGCUCAAGGAGCAAGUGCUGAAGGGACCUUCCCAGUGGCGGAGCCUGGCUUACAAAGACGGCUUCUCAGGAACCUGGUCUCUUACUUGAAACAAAAACAGGCUGCAGGAGUCAUCAGCCUUCCUGUGGGAGGGGCAAAGGGCAGAGACAGCACAGGCAUGCUUUAUGCUUUUCCUCCUUGUGAAUUUUCUCAGCAGUACCUCCAGUCCGCCCUAAGAACAUUGGGAAAGUUAGAAGAAGAACAUAUGGUGAUAGUGAUAGUCAAAGACACUGCCUAGUAUUUACUCUGUAUCCAUUUCCUCUUUAUCCCCUUGUUCUGAUUCUGUGUUUUCUUUAUGUCUCACACUGCCUGGUUGCUUUUAAGGCCAAUUAUUUUGAGUGAGGCCCUAAGAGUCCUCCCACUGAAUUCUACAAUUGUAUUAGUUUCUAAUAUUUUUAAUACCCAUUUUAAUGAAUCCCAUUUUGUUUUACUAUGUGACACUGUCUGCCGUGUUCUUACUUUUAAAAAAUAUAUGGAAAGUUGUCAGUAAAGCCUUGUUCGCUGAUGGAUUUUUUUAAUUUUGUGCAGUGUCCUGGUUUCUGUAGUCUGCCAGUGGCUGGCUCUGUGUUCCAGAAUAUAACAGCUAAUGACUUUACCAAAUUCAGUUCUUCCACUCUACUGCUAUUUAACACUAUUAUGCCAGUUUUGUGCUCUCUUUAUUUCUUCAAUAACUGAAGCCUGGUUGCUUCUUUCCUCAGUGGUAGGUAGCUAGUGCUUUUUUUUUUUUUAAGACAAAAGUCAGUGUAUCCUUCAGACCAACCUUUUCCUGGUGGAUGAAAGCUUUUAAGGUGGUCUUAGCCAAAGAACAGCUGUGUAAAACUUAAAAGCUUCAGUUAAUUCUCUGCAACUCUUGGUGCAAUAAAAAAAAAUAUGAGGCACCUUGGGGGCUUUUUUCUUCCUCUUGAUUGUGUUGAUUGUUGGAUUGAUUAUAAUAUUGCAAACUGAAAGCUGUUCUUAAAUAUCCUGUCUAGUAAUAAUUAUGGGCUUCUCAGGAAGACAAAUAACCAGGCACUUGAGUAGGACCUGAUAACAACAUCUAUGUGAUUGUGUUGUUCAGUUCCUUCAUCAGUUAAUACAGCAAAAAUAAAAGACAAAACUUGACAAA